AUGGUUGAAGGUGAUGAAUCAUCGGCUAUCAAAAGUGGAACAUCGGAUAACGUCGGUGACGUUGGCAACAAGAUUGCGACGCCUUACUCUCUCCAUGCGUCCGAUAAUCCAGGUGCUAUGAUCACGCCUGUGACGUUGACAGGAGAGAAUUAUAAUGAGUGGUCUAGUGAGAUGACCAAUGCUCUUCGUGCCAAACGGAAGCUUGGGUUUAUCGAUGGAUCUAUUACGAAACCAUCCGCAACCGAUUCUAACUUGGAGCUUUGGCUUUCGGUUAACUCGAUGAUUGUGGGUUGGAUUCGAACGUCUAUAGAACCGCGUGUGCGGUCUACAGUUACGUUUGUUCAAGAUUCUCAUAAACUGUGGGAAAAUUUGCGCAAACGGUUCUCUGUGGGAAAUAAGGUGCGAGUGCAUCAUCUGAAGGAACAGCUGGCUUCGUGUCGACAAGACGGUCAGUCUGUGAUUGAGUUCUUUGGGCGUUUGUCCAAGCUAUGGGAGGAGUUGGACAUGUAUUCACCGCUUCCAAGUUGCACUUGUGCAGCAGCUUUGGAGAUUGAGAAAGCUAGAGAAGCUGAGAAGAUGCAUCAGUUCGUAAUGGGCUUAGAUGAGGUUCGUAAUGGAAGCUAA